AUGGCCGGUCGCGGGACGGAGGUGGAGGGGACGGCGGUGGGGCUGGCGGGGGUGCCGGUGCUGAUGCCGGUGCCGGUGGGGGAGAUGGUGCGGGGCCUGGUCCCCGUUGCCAAGCGGGAUGGCGAACCGGUGCCGAGGCUGGUCCACCGCUGGCCGGGGGCGGGGCAAGCAGCGGCAUCUUCCCGCUCCGCCGUCCCGGUUCGCAGCGAGCAGCAAAGCCCGGCCCCGGCCUUGGCCAGCCGACACGCUGCCCUCUGCAGGCAGCCGUCCCGGGGCGCGAAUCCCUCGCCCGCCGGUUGGACUGGCUGCUCCUGCGUCCACCACCCCCCCCCCCCCCGCCCCCCCCCCCCCCUCUGCCGGGAUAAUUCUCCCUCGGCCGUGCCCGGUCCACGGCCCGCGGGCGUCCCCCUUCCCAGCCCCUCGGGCCGGAGGGGGAAACUGAGGCACGGGCUGAAGCGGGCUGCGGGGGGCGCGGGGCCUCCGAGCCGCGCGGGGCGCUGCGGGCGCGGCCCGGGCCGGAAAGCGGCCGGCGCGGGGUGUUGCCAAUGGAAGGAGCUGAGCGCGGCGCUGGCGGCGGGCGUGGGGCUGGCGGGGCCCCUUAGCCCGGUGACGUCCGCACCCCGCCUGGCCGCGUACAAGCCCCCGCAUGGCGGCCCCGGGCAGGUCGAGCGCCGGCAGCGCCUUCUCCGCAUCCAGAGAGAGAGGCGGCUGGACUACGUGAACCAUGCCAGGAGGCUGGCAGAGGACGACUGGGCAGGGAUGGAGAGCGAGGGCGAGGAGAAGGAUGGGGAAGAUGCGGAGGAAGAGGAGAUGGACGUGGAUGCUGGCAAAAAGUUGCCCAAGCGCUACGCCAAUCAGCUGAUGCUGUCAGAGUGGCUGGUGGAUGUACCCUCGGAUCUGGAGCAGGAGUGGGUUGUGGUGGUGUGUCCUGUGGGGAAAAGGGCACUCAUCGUGGCCUCCAGGGGCACAACAGCAGCUUACACCAAGAGUGGCUUCUGUGUCAACAGGUUCCCAUCCCUGCUGCCGGGGGGGAACCGGCACAACUCAGCCAGAGAGAAAGUGUACACCAUCCUGGACUGUAUCUACAAUGAGGCCCAGCGAACCUACUAUAUCCUCGAUGUGAUGUGCUGGAGAGGACACCCUGUUUAUGAUUGCCAGACUGACUUCAGAUUCUUCUGGCUGUCCUCAAAGAUCCAAGAGGAGAAAGGGCUGGGAGAGACAAGCAGGAUUAAUCCGUACAAAUUUGUGGGCCUGCAGAACUUCCCUUGCUCCUCGGACAGCCUGUGUGAGCUGCUGGCUAUGGACUUCCCCUUUGAGGUUGACGGGCUGCUCUUCUAUCACAGGCAAACCCACUACACCCCUGGCAGCACCCCACUGGUGGGCUGGCUCCGGCCCUACAUGGUCCCUGAAAUCCUGGGGCUCACCGUACCCUCCACCGCGCUCACGGCCAAACCCAGCUAUGCCGGGCGGCAGCUCCAGCAGAUCAUCGAGAGCAAAAGGAGUAAAAAGCUGGCGGUGGAAAAGGGGGACCCGAGCAGCGUGGUGGCCGCAAAGAACGGACAUUACGAGCUGGAACACUUGUCUACCCCUCAGCCAGAAAAGUCUCUGGAGGGCCAGGACGGAGCAGUGAGCCAAAUGGAGAGUUAAAAUGCUGGGACAGGCCAACUGGGGAGGGAGCAGGGAAAAGGCUCCCUGCUUCUCACUGUCCCUCAUGCUCCUGAGAGGGGGCAAAGUAAUGAUGAUAGGAUAGCUUUGUUUCAAGGGCAUGACAGUGGAAUAUCUUGCCCCAAGGGCUGUUUUUUGGGGGGGGUUUUUUGGUUUUGUUUUUGUUUUUUUUUAGCGUUGGGGUUUUUUUAUUUUUUUUUUUGCCAAGGCUUCUGUGAGUCCUUAACAGGAUUGUCUGGUUCUCUGCU